CGUGGGGCAGCCUUCUCCAGACAUCCUCCAGCUCAUCAGCCCCUCCCGCUCGCCGCACCCCUCUGCCGCACAAGCUUGUGCCACACUCCAGCAUCUCACCGCACUCGGCCGCACACAGCGCGCGCAACACCGCCUCGUGCUCGCUCGCCGUCGCAGCGCCAGCCGCUCUCGCACCUCUCCGCAGCCCGCUGCGCACGCGCCCCGUCCAGCCCCGCCCGCCUGGCCCCGGCCGCGCGCUCCUCGCUCCCGAGCAGCGCCCCUGCUCGCCUCGUCGCCAUGGCCGCGACGUGGGCGCCGCAGCCCGAGGGCCUGGCUGAGCUGCUCGGCCUGUUCCGCGACUCGCAGAGCCCCGAGCAGGCGACGCAGAUCCGCAUCGCCCAUCGCCUCGAGGAGCUCGCUCGCGUGCCCGACUAUGCCAACUACCUGGUGCACGCCUUGACGCAGAUGCCGCAGGAGGACACGAACACGCGCUCCAUUGCCGGUCUGAUCCUCAAGAACUACCUCAUGCUGCAUGCACGGAACAUGCACCCCGAGAGCCUGGCGUACGUCAAGUCGGCCAUCCUGCCGGCCAUCUCGUACUCGGAGGACAUGCUGCGCCGCACCUCGACGCAGGUCGUGUCGAUGAUCUUUGCCAUCCAGGGGCCGGCCUCGUGGCCCGAGGGGCUUGAGCACCUCAUUGGCCUGAUGACGUCGCCGCAGCCCGAGGCAUGCGAGGGCGCCUUCAGCACCUUUGCCAAGCUCUGCGAGGACAUCCCGCAGGAGAUGGAGGACUGCGAGAUCAAUGGCAUGCGGCCGCUGCAGAUCCUCGUGCCCAAGUUCCUCGAGGCCACGCAGCACCCGGAUCCGCGCAUCCGCUGCCACGCGCUCAACUGUCUGAACCAGUUUGUGCAGACGAGCUCGGCGGCGCUGCACGACCACAUGGACACGUUCAUCCAGGCGCUCUUCAAGCGCGCCAGCGACGAGAACGAGCAGGUGCGGCGCUUCGUGUGCCAGGCCCUCGUGCUCAUCCUCGGUGCACGGCCAGAUAAGCUGCUGCCCGAGCUGCCGAGCGUCGUCGAGUACAUGCUGUACUGCACGCAGGACAAGGACGACGAGGUCGCGCUUGAGGCCUGCGAGUUCUGGCUGCAGUUCUCCGAGGACGCCUCGCUGGCGGACCACCUGCGGCCCUUCCUGCCCAAGGUCGCGCCCGUGCUGCUCAAGGGCAUGGUGUACAACGAGAUCGACCUGCUGAUGCUCGGCGGCGACGAGGACGACGAGGCGGUGCCGGACCGCCCGGAGGACAUCAAGCCGAAGCACUUUGGCGGCUCGGCGCGCACCGUGGAGGACAGCAACGCCAACGGCGCGGGCGGCCCGACAAAACAGUCGCGUGCCGCGCGCGAGGCCGAGCUGGCCGACGACGACGACGAUGACGACGACGACUACGACGACGACGACUCGGACGACGAUGACGACGGCGUCGGCGACUGGAACCUGCGCAAGUGCUCCGCGGCGGCGCUCGACGUCAUGGCGGUCAACUUCAGCAACGAGAUCCUCGAGAUCCUGCUGCCGUACCUCAAGGAGCGCCUCUUCUCGCCCGAGUGGCUGCAGCGCGAGUCGGGCAUCCUGGCGCUCGGUGCGAUUGCCGAGGGCUGCAUCGAGGGCGUGCAGCCGCACCUGCCGACGCUUGUGCCGUUCCUGAUCAACUGCCUCAAGGACCCGAAGCCGCUCGUGCGCUCCAUCGCGUGCUGGACGCUCGGCCGCUACUCGGCGUGGUGCGUGGCGACCAAGACGCCCGAGCACCAGCAGCAGUACUUCCUGCCGGCCAUGGAGGGCCUGCUGUCGAUGGUGCUCGACGGCAACAAGCGCGUGCAGGAGGCCGGCUGCAGCGCCUUUGCGACGCUCGAGGAGGAGGCCGGCGCCGACCUGCAGCCGUACCUGCAGCCGGUGCUCAAGACGCUCGUAUUUGCGUUCGACAAGUACCAGCAGAAGAACCUGCUGAUCCUCUACGACGCCAUCGGCACGCUGGCCGACUCUGUCGGUGCCGCGCUGAAUCAGCCCGAGUUCGUCGAGAUCAUCAUGCCGCCGCUGAUUGCCAAGUGGCAGACGCUGGAGGAUAACGACGCGGACCUGAUCCCGCUGCUCGAGUGUCUCUCUUCGGUCACGAUCGCCGUCGGCCCGGGUUUCCUGGCCUACUCGCCGCCCGUGUUCUCGCGGUGUAUUGGCAUCGUGCACAGCUGCCUCAUGGCCAUCCAGGCCGAGUCGCAGAAGCCCGUCGACGACCAGGACAUGCCCAACGCCACGUUCAUCAUCGUCUCGCUCGACCUGCUCAGCGGCCUGACGCAGGGUCUGGGCGAGAACGUGCGGCCGCUCAUCGAGCAGUCGCAACCGUCGCUGCUGCCGCUGCUCGGCGCCUGCAUCACGAACAGCGAGCCGCCGGUGCGGCAAUCGGCCUACGCGCUGCUCGGCGACCUGGCCAUCUCGGCCUUUCCCGUGCUGCGGCCGACGCUGCCGUCGCUCAUGCCCGAGCUCAUUGCGCAGAUCGAGGUCGACCCCAAGGUCGAGAACGUCAGCGUGUGCAACAAUGCCGCGUGGGCGGCGGGCGAGAUUGCGCUGCAGUUCCAGGGCAUGGACACGAGCGAGCUGCAGCAGUGGGUGGCGCCGCUCGUCGAGCGCCUCGUGCCCGUGCUGCUGAGCCCCAAGAGCGUCAAGAGCCUCAGCGAGAAUGCGGCCGUGACGAUCGGGCGCCUCGGCCUCGUGUGCCCGCAGCUCGUGGCGCCGCACCUCGGCGUCUUCAUCGAGGCGUGGUGCCAGGCGCUGUGGGACAUCAAGGACAACGACGAGAAGGACUCGGCCUUCCGCGGCCUGUGCGAGAUGAUCCAGGUCAACCCGAACGGCGCGUCGAAGAGCUUCGUGUACUUCUGCAACGCCGUCAUCCGGUGGAGCACGCCGAGCUCGGCCCUCAACGAGGCGUUUGCGUCGAUCCUGCGCGCCUUCAAGGAGGUGGCGGGUCCCGAGAAGUGGGCGCAGCAGCUGGAGAGCAUGCCGCCAUUGAUCUCGCAGCGGUGCGUCGAGACAUCGCCCCGCAAUGCGUGCUGCAUGCUGACAGCUCGCUCCGCGCAGACUGUCGCAGCGGUAUAACUUGUAGCGCCGUGCGAGUGCAGGACACAGGGCAGCCCCAUCGUCACUCUACAUACACACCCCU